AUGGAAGGUUUAGAGGCUGCUUUUUCGGAAAAGGAAGUGUGGGAGGCUAUCUUUUAUUCGGACAGCACGAAGGCACCUGGUCCGGAUGGAUUUACUAUGGGAUUUUUAAAAAAAUUCUGGCCAAUAAUGAAGGAGAAUAUUAUGAAAUUUGUUCAAGAUUUCCACAAAGGUAGGCAAUGGGAGAAUGGGGUUAAUCAUUCGUUCAUUUCUAUAAUCCCCAAAAAACUGAAUCUAGAGGUAAUUGAAGAUUUUAGACCCAUAAGUCUUGUUAGCAGCAUUUAUAAAAUAAUUUCUAAAGUGCUUUCGAAAAGGCUAGUUUCAGUUAUUAAUGACAUUGUUAGCCCAUCGCAAUUUGCCUUCAUUCCGGGAAGACAAUUGCUUGAUUGUGCUCUUUUGGCUAAUGAAGGCAUUGAGUAUUGGAGGAAAAGGGGGAGACGUGGAGUAGUCUUCAAAGUUGAUUUCCGAAGGGCAUAUGAUUCAGUUGAAUGGCGAAUUUUACUGAGAUUAAUGAAGGUUAUGGGCUUUGGGGAAAAAUGGAUUUCUUGGAUUGAUCGUUACAUUUCUACAGCCUCUAUCUCGGUGUUAGUGAAUGGGUCUCCUACGAAGGAAUUUCACAUUUCUAAAGGGUUGAGACAAGGAUGCAGUCUGUCCCCUCUUCUGUUCAAUUUAGUUGGGGAACUUUUAAACCUAAUGUUGAUCAAGGCUGCAGAUGUAGGCCUUUUCCAAGGGUUCAGAAUCGGUAGGAAUGGUAAUUCCUUCCAUUUGACCCAUCUACAGUUUGCAGAUGAUCUAAUUUUAUUCUGCAGUGAUUCACCGAUGCAGAUCUUGAAUAUUAGGAGAGUUUUGAGGGUUUUCAGUGUUAUGAUGGGGCUGCAUUUAAAUUUGUCAAAGAGCACUUUGUAUGGCGUCAAUGUAGGGGUUGAUAGGAUUAUGGACUGGGCGAAUGAAGCGGGUUGUGGAGUGGGGUCUUUUCCGAUGACGUACCUCGGUUUACCGAUUGGUUCAAGUAGGAAUUCUAUAGUAAAGGUGACUCAUAAACUAAAUACGUUGAUGGCUAACUUUCUUUGGGGAGAAAAUCAAUCUAAGAAUCGAAUUCACUGGGUGAAUUGUAAUUUGGUGUGUAAGCCUUUUGAAGAGGGAGGGUUGGGAAUCCUUGAUAUUAGGUUGAUGAAUAGAGCCUUGCUUGGGAAAUGGGUUUGGAAAUUCGCAAAUGAGAAAAACAGUCGGUGGAAAAAAAUGAUAUGCUGUAAAAAUAACGUUAGCAACUUAUCUCUUGCAUUAUCACAUGCCGCUUCACCUAUAGAUUCUUGGGUAUGGAGGGGUAUUUUGAAUAAUUAUGUUAAAGAUGAUACAAUGGGAGAGUGUUUGAGAACAAAUUCCAAGAUCCAAUUGGGGAAUGGUAGGUCGAUUGCCUUCUGGACUGAUGUUUGGGUGAAUAAUUUGACAUUGAAAGCUCAAUUUCCCAGGAUUUUUGCUUUGUCGACGAAUAAACGAGGGCUUGUAGCCGAGUUUGGUGGUUUUCAUAAUAAUGUUUGGGUUUGGAAUAUUCUUUUAAGAAGAAACCUUUGUGAUUGGGAAUUGAAGCAGUGGAUUACUCUUAUGUCUUUGCUCGAUAAUAUUGCGGUUUCCGAUUCUGUGAAAGAUUUUCUUGCUUGGUCGGGGAAUGGGGCUGGUUUGUUCUCAGUCAAGUCUUAUAGACAGACGUUGUCGAGCAAUUCUGAAUGCAAGUUUGAGUGGAAGAAAUGGGUGUGGACAGGUUUGGCUCCUCCUAGAGUCCAAACCUUUCUGUGGCAGGUUUGCCAUCGUAAAUUGGCAAUCCGAGUGGAGUUGAGGAAAAGGGGAAUCCCUUUGGAUAAUGUUCUUUGUCCGUUAUGUGGUUAUCUUGAGGAAACAAUCCCAUUUCCCUCCUCUAUUCUUGGGCAAACCUACGGCAGAAUUCUAUUAUUGGAGGUUAUCCCGGCUGUCGUCUUAUGGUCAAUUUGGAAGGCUAGAAACUUGGUGGUGUUUGACAACGGAAAUUUGGACAACACAGCUCUUUUUUUCUUCAUUAGACUUAGGUUGGCUAAAUGGUACCUUGCGAAAUACCCUACAGCAUGUUUGCAGACUGAUCUGCUGGUAGGGGAUCCAUCGCGGGCUGAUCAGUUUCCACAACCGUCUUGUUCAAAGAAGGUUAUUGGUUGGUCACCUCCACCAUCGGAUAUGUUUAAAUUUAACGUGGAUGGGGCAGUUACAAGUGAUGGGCUGAGAGGUGGAAUUGGAGGUAUUUUAAGAGAUUCAAAUAGCUCGACCUUAGCCACUUUCUCUACAGCAGUAGGGUCUACUCUUCCUAUUCUGGCAGAACUUAAAGCUAUUAAGGAGGGAAAUGAUUUUUCCUAUUCAUCGGGUUGGUGUAAGAAGGGAAGACUUAUUAUCGAAAGUGAUUCCAAAAGUGCAGUGGAUUGGAUUAAGAACCAACAACCUGCCCCUACUUCCUUGCGGGAUCUGGUACAGGAAAUUGGGGCUCUUAUUUAUGCUUUGGACGUUCUUAGAUGGAUUCCUAGGAGCUGUAAUAUGGAGGCUGAUAAGUUAGCUAAGCAGGGAUUGGUUGAUUGUCUAUCGCCGGCUCUCGGUAACUUCAAAUCUGGCCUUAGAUUUGCGAUUGGGACUUUCAAUCAACGCAGAUCUUCAAGAAGUCCACUGCCGAUUUACGCCGCUCUCCGUCGUCCAUGCUCGUCACCAUCUCUCCACCGGACUCAGCGUCUUCUUGCGACCAGAACCCUCCCUCCUAGUGUCGAGAAUUGUUUCUAUUCUCCUUUAUUUUUCAGUGAUCUGGUUCGGCAAGGAAGAACCCUUUCCUCCAGCUUUCUGUUUUUUCCAGAUCUCACCAUGGAGACCCAACCCCCGUCUCAGCCCAGGCGAAAUCGAGCUGCAACAGUAGCAGCAGGUGCAGCCUCUGGAAGCAACAGCAGAUCUGGUUUUUCCUACUCCGGUAAGGAAAAACGUGAGAGGGAGAAUGAAAAGGAGAGGACAAAGCCUCGAAAACGGAACAGGCGAGACUUCACCAGACGUUUACUGGCCGGUUUGAGGCAAUAUGGUAAUUUCUCUCUUCUCGUGCGUUCUGAUAUGAACGCUGUUCUGGCAGCCUUGGCCCGGGAGGCAGGUUGGACAGUUGAGCCCGACGGCACCACCUACAGACACUCUCCUACCCACCAUAUUCAGCAUAAUUUAAGAGCAUUUCUGCGAGGUCGGGUGAACGUCCUCUUUCAACCAAUUCUUUGA